AUGCCUUAUCGCAAAGCCGGCAACACGCUGAAACCCACCGUCACCAUCAUCAUUGUGAGAGGCAGAUGCCAUCACAUGAAUCUCGAUAGCGCAUUCAAGAAUACUGAGUUCACCGAGUUCAAAUUGGGCGAGGAGUGUGACGAGGUGACUGCAAAUGGUCGGAAGGUGAAAUCCACCAUCACGAUGGAUGGCAGCACCAUGAAGCAUGUGCAGGUUGGAGAAAAGACCACUUACAUCGAGCGGAUCAUCGAGGGUGAUAAGAUGUUGACCGUGAACUUUGAUUGCCCGACCAAAACCAUGAUCACACGUGGUGCAACCUUGUUUGCACUCAUUCUGCAAAGCCGUUCAAGCAAGCACAUCAUGGAGCAAUUCGUGGGAAAGUGGGAAUUGAAGAAGACCGAGAACUUUGACAAACUCAUGCAUCAGUUGGGGGUGAAUGCCAUCCUCGCGAAAUUGGGCAACACCCUGAAACCCGACUUCAUAAUCACCGACUUGGGUGAUGGAAUGUACGAAAUGAAGGUAGACAGCAUCCACAGCAAAGGCACGUUCAAAUUCAAGUUGAACGAGGAGUGUGACGAGGUGACAACAGACGGUCGACACGUCAAGUCAACAGUCACGGUGAACGGCAACACAAUGAAACAUGUGCAGGUUGGCGAGAAAACCGUCGACAUCGAGAGGGUGGUCGAUGGUGACAUCAUGAGCGUGGUCUACGCUCGACUCCUCGACGUCAAUUCCCCCGAGUUCUCCACAUCAUCAACUUCAAGUGAAACUGAAUUCGCGGCCAAAUCGAUAACCAAAGGAAGUGCCGCAUCAGUGAACACAGUUUUCGGCGUGGUUGGAAGCUCUUCAGCCCGAGUCUUAUUUCCCGAACUCACUGCGGUUCCAUUGGUUGUGUGA